UGCCGCUCCACACGAACGAACGAGACAGAGCAAAUCCAGCGAACAUCUUUCCCAAAGAGCGUUCGCUUUCAACAGACAGGCUCUCUGAAUUAUUCCCGGUUUCAUUGCUGCUGCGUUAUUUUUGACCUUCACGCGGAGCAUCGAUACAACAGAACGCGGAUCCAUUGCCUGUCAUCGUUUUGGGACGGGUUACACAGCGGACACUGAACUGUCAGACACACUAACGUUAGAAGAGAAGCCGGUCUUCCAGAAGAACUCUAUGAGUACAAAAAUGGAGCAGCCGUUUUAUCACGACGACUCGUUUCUGUUGGGUUACGGUCACAACGACGCGGCACUACACGACUAUAAACUCCAGAAACAGGGCAUGAACUUGAACCUGAACGAGCCCUAUCGGAACCUCAAAUCGGACUUGUAUCAGUCCAACAGUGCUGAUGUGGGCUCGCUCAAACUCGCCUCUCCGGAGCUGGAGAGGCUCAUCAUCCAGACCAGCAGCGGGCUGCUCACGACGCCCACCCCGGGCCAGUACCUCUACAGUCGGGGGAUCACCGACGAGCAGGAGGGUUUCGCGGAGGGCUUCGUCAAGGCUCUGGAUGAUCUCCACAAGAUGAACCAUAUGCCCCCGCCCAAUGUGUCGAUUGGAGCCGGCGGUGUGACGACGUGCUCGACAACUGCGUCUGUUUUCGGCUCCUCCCUGCAGUCUGAGCCUCCCAUGUACACGACUCUCAACGCGUACUGCCCAGCGCCCAGCCACCCGUCCGCCACCAUCAGCUACCUUCCGCCGCACCUACAGCAGAGCCAACACCCGGAAAACACGCACGGGUUCCAGCACUCCGGCGUCCUCCAGCAGCGCUACGUGCCUUUGAAAGAGGAGCCCCAGACUGUUCCCGACAUGCACAGCAGCGACUGCUCGCCACCCAUGUCCCCGAUAGACAUGGACAACCAGGAGCGCAUCAAAGCGGAAAGGAAGAGGCUCCGAAACCGACUAGCGGCCACCAAAUGCCGCAAGCGCAAACUGGAACGCAUCUCCCGGCUGGAGGAGAAAGUAAAGGUGCUCAAGACCGACAACGCUGGCCUGUCCAACACAGCCUCCGUCCUGCGGGACCAGGUGGCCCAACUCAAACAGAAGGUGCUGAGACACAUGAACAGCGGCUGUCAGCUGAUGUUGACCAGCAAGAUGGAAGCGUUUUAAACCGUAGCCAACGCAGAAACAACACUGGACACUUGCUGGACCGUGCUUUACGACUGAUCGGCUCUGGGACCUCGCCAGCUCUCAGAAGAGGCGUCUCGGACACGCUCUGGGUUCCGAAUAAAACCGAGCGCGAACCCGCGACCGGAGCGCGAGAGAAGCCAAGAAUGUCAUGAUCAACCGUGUAUUUGAUCUGAUAUUGUCGUGCAAUACUACAGUUCCCGAACUCAUAAAUUAUUGUAUUACUCAGGUUGAUCCUGACACUAUGUUAACAAUGUCACAUGUUUACAAUGUCUCUUUUUUUAUGUGUGCGCUGUUUAUUUAAGUAAAUAUAUUGAAAAACAA